AUGCUGAUAAUUGGGAAAAUAUAUUUUUUUUGUUGUGGCAUUUUGCGUAUAUUUUGUGUAGAAAGGAGAAAAACAAAAGAUGGGCCAAAAUUAACGAAAGAUGAUCACGUGACAACAGACACUGUCGAUGAAAAAACUCCCAACAUAAAAGCUAGUGAUCUUUUCUUCCUCGCGUUGUUCUGGGCCACUGGAUUUGUGUGCAUUGCAAAGAACCUCUGGAUAUUAGAACUAUUGACUGUUCCCUUUGUCAUAUAUGUGGGGAAAAAAUUGUUGGUAUGGAUUGAUAAUGAAAAUGCCUUACAUGAAUAUGUUUGCACAUUCUCUGCGAAACUGAAAGUUUGGGCAAAAGAACGGAAAGAUGUUCUUGCUCCAGCUCCACUGAGAGGAAUAACAAGGACUAUAUUAUUGGGAGAUAAAAAGAUGGUGUUUUGGGUCGAGCAGUUUGUUGACAAACUAAUCAGCAUAUGUAUGAUAUUCUUUCUUAUUCUUGGUACAAUAAUGUUUGCUGCAGUCAUAGCUAUCCAGGUGCAAAGAGAAAGUCUACAUUUGGUGCAAGUCAGUGGUGAUCUUGUCAAUGAUGCCAUGAAUGAAUAUCCAGAAUUUUUUAAGCAAUGGGCUCCUGAAAACCAAGACUUUCACCUUAUCAUUGACAAGGCUGUAGAUCAAAUGUUUUUUCAUGGUCGUGAUUGGCUGGCGAAUAAAGUUGAAAAUAUUGGUGGGACGACCCAAAGAAAUAAUUCGCAGUUAAGGAAACACAUACUUGAAUUAACUGACCGUCUUUAUCAAAGUUGGAAAGAGUUACCCGAGAAAGAGAAUAGUUCUGGCUCCGAAUCUCGAUCGGAAAAAAUGACGAUAACAACGAAAUCCAACUCGACCGUUGCGCUUAAACGAGCUGUCCCAUUUGGUUUGUCCUUACGGGGUAUCUAUAACACACUGGCUGUAAAGCAGAAGAUUGAUAUCUGGACUGUGUUAAAUGUUGUCAAAGAAAAUAUUGAUGUUUUGAUGUCUGUUUUGGAAUCAGUUUGGUUAAUCUUUAAAAGUAACAUGAAUUUGGCUUUCAAUAUCAUCACUGUCUUGUUAUCUGUAGUAUUUUCAAGUGGCACAUACCUUCUCAAUGCUGGUUUCUCCACAAUUGUCUUUUUGACAACGUUGUUUUAUCUUCUAAGUUUUUCUCAUGAUCAAUAUUUACCAGUGCAUUGGGUUAGCACGGUGUCUGGUGAUGAAGCAACGCUAUUUGGAGAGAUUAUUUAUACGGCAAUAAGGGGUGUAUUUGGUGCUUCGUUAAAAAUGGCUGCAUUUUAUGGCUUGUAUACCUGGCUUACUCACACUUUAUUUGGAGUGAAAAUUGUUUUUAUUCCUUCGGGUAAUUGA